GUUUUUGGUAAGAGUUGUGUGGGAAGAUGCUCACGGACAAAGUCUCUGGUGCUUAUUUCAGGAGGAUCAGCCUUUUCUGGAUAGUCUGCAUCACUGUAUCCUUUGGGUAUUACACUUUGCUGAUGUUUUGGCCACAGAGCAUCCCUUAUCAGAGUCUUGGACCCUUGGGCAUCUUCUCCAAGUAUCUGAUGGACAACUAUUACACCCACUUGUACUUUGGGUACUGGUUGGCCUGGGGCCUCCAUCUUGCUGAAGCACUGUACAGCAUCAAAGCCUGCAGGUAA